AUGUAUUACCCCAAGUUACACAAAUCUAUGACAGUCAACAUAGUGAAAGGCUUUAGAGGUGUAUGGCAGAUUUCCUGUGUACCAUCAGGCGGAUUGUGGAUCAGUGAUGGCAACAAUCUCACAUCUAUCAUGACAAACGCAUAUUCCGGAUUUCAAGAUCGUACAGAUAUAGGUUUGGUAAGUUAUGGAAUACAUACAGUGAAAACUACGUGUUCUCUUAUUUAUAUAGACAGGGAAUUUAACAUUAACCAACUAUCAACAGAUAUUAGAAAGAAGUAUACAUUGAUAGAAAGAAACAAACCAUGGAUACCACUGUGUGUCUACAGUUCUCGUUUCAAUGGAGAUAUUCUGGUUGGGAUGUUGAAUACUACGACAUGGGCAGGCCGGGUUAUGCGGUAUGAUACUACAGGACAGUAUAUAAUGACAAUACAACACAACGGAACGGGUCAGGAUCUGUAUAAUCUGCCUAGCUACAUCACAGAGAACCGCAAUGGAGAUGUAAUCGUGUCUGACCUCACUGAUAUUGAUAUUAAUGAUUAUGGCUGUGGUGCGGUAGUGGUCACAGAUCUUAAAGGAAGACAUAGAUUUUCCUAUAAAGGAUAUCCCUCAUCAGGGUCAGAACUAUGGCCACGUGGAAUAUGUACAGAUGCGCUGUCAUGCAUCCUUGUGUGUGAUUCGAGGACCAACACUAUCCAUAUUAUUGACAAAGAUGGUAACUUCGUAUGGCAGAUGGAGACACAAAAUUUUGGGAUAGACGUACCAAUUGGCCUGAGUUAUGAUAACAAAUCUCAGUUACUUUGGGUUGGAUCAUUAAACAAUAAGGUGUGUGCAAUCAAAUGA